AGUGGACUUGUGGUUUUUACAUGUCACACUCUAAAGAAGUUUGAAAAUGAUUUAUCAGUUCUCUGCCCCAAUUCCACAACGGAAGAGACCGACGCAUGCAUGAAAACCUAACAAACAACUGCAGGUUUUGCACUGGAUUUUUCAUACUGAAAGUGUAGAGAGAGUUUCCUUACUGAUGGCAAAGAAGAAGAAAAUUGAGAAACAGAUGGGGUCCGGUCCUUUGAGGAGGUUCGAUAGACGUAAGUUUUUGGUUGAUAUUACCAAAUUAUCAAACAUCAAGUCAACAAAAGAGAAAACUGCAAACAGUUCAAAACAGAGUUCAGAAGAUGUUAAUGAAGAUAAGAAAAUCGAAAAGCCGGAUCCAGAUGUCGGUGCUAGGAAAAGGAAGAGAAUAAGAAUUGAAUCAGGUUUGCGAGCCGGUGAUGAAGAGGAUCUACAAGUGGAAGACAAGUCACCUCAAGCUAGUACUAGCAGGAACACGUUCCGCACAUCAUCAUACAGGAUUGAAAAUGAUUUACAGAAUCAGCAGGAACUUGACGCGUGUCACCAGGGCGAAGAAGCGUUUGAGAAGAUUAACACUGAAUGGGGUGAAAAGAGGGAGAGUUUAGAGAAUGAUUACAAAGUGGAUAAAUGUUUAAUCCAUGCACUUUACAUGAAUCCUUUGAUUAGAUCUGAAAAACUGAAAAUAUUAGAAAGAGAAUUUGCAAACAAAUUGGAAGAACAUGAAAAAUAUUGGGAGACUUGCUUUGACGAGUUAAAGACAACAAUGCUGGCAGCCCGACAGGUGGCAGCUGAGGUGGCCCCCACUUUACCUGAAACUCCAAUUGAAGCGCAAAGUCAGGAUGAAAAGGAGAUGGUUGAUGCAACAGUAUCAAGUGAGCAGAUUGGAGAACUUCCAGCUCAGCAGCUUGAUGAUGAUAUGGCGGUUGAUGUGGCGGAAAAAGUUGACUCUGGUGUGAAUGAUAUGGCGCCACAUGUCCACUCUGGUGACGUUGAAAUGCAAGCUGGAAAUUACAACACAGAGCAUGAUGAAGAUGGCAUUGUAGGCCUUGAUACAUCACAUGUUGCGGAAGACCGUCAUGAAACUGUUGAUAAUGUAGCACCCGAAGUUGAAUCUGAUGAGAGGGGGACGCCAGCUGGCACCGUUGGUGAUCUGCAACCGUCAGGUGCCAGUCAACUUGAUAGGAUCAUUCCAGAUGAUGAACCAGAUUUGCCGUCAUCUACCGACCCAACGGUUGCCGAAAAUCCAACCGUUACUGUCUCCGAAUCUGGAAAAGUUUUGGAAGAAAAUCUUGCAUCUGCUACUGAGACACCUCAUGAGGCACAACCGCCUCGUUUGGCUACCCCGGUUUCACCCGCACCACUGGUUAAUGCACUAUACAUGUUUGAUAACCUUACCAACGAAGUGCGCCAUCAAAUGCCCAAUCAAACUCAUCCACUUCAAGCUGAAGUAGAGCGGUUAUACACUGUGAAAGAGAAUGUAACCAUGCUCCAUCGAGAAAUGAAACAAAGGCUGAAUACCGAAUGUGAAAAGGAAAUAGCGGAAAUUGUUGCUGAAAUAAGGCUCAAGUAUGAAGCUAAACAUGUUGAAGCUGAUGCAGCUUAUAACUCAAAAAAGAUUGAACUUGAGACCAAUAUCAAUAGAUUAAUCUUGAACAGACUAUUGGCCGAAGCUUUCAGAUGCAUGGGCCAAGACUCUCGGGCUGGAAUAAUGCAGCAACUGCUUAGGUUAUCGGUUUCACCUUCUAUAAGGAUUUUCCAUGGUCAAUCUUCAGGAAACCAGCAGCCACUACAACCACCAUUGUCACUGCCACAAGCACAGCCACAACGGCCUCUUCAGAUAGUUCACCAACCAGCAGAUCUGUUCUCAACCACACCAAGCAGGCUACAACCACCACCUGCUCUCUUGCAUUAGCUACUCUACUGAUGUCGCUCUAUUGAUCAACUUAUCGUGGCCCUGCUCCUCUCUAUUUUCCGCCACACGCAACUCACCAGGCACCACUACUGUUCUACACCACCAACAAAGGUAAUCCUCUAUACCUUUUGUAAAAAUAUUGACAACUGAAACUUGAAACUUGUUUUUGGGGGUUGGGGCAAACUCAAACACCUAGGAAUACAGUUGGGGAAGAUGAGUUCGCAAACAAUAUGUUAAAAAGUGUUAAUUGAUUGGCUUCGUCCACCAUUGAGGUUUGGUCUGAUGCUCUAGCCCUACAAUUGUUCAUUAUUCAGUUUGAAACAUUCCAAACCUAUCAUUGCUUUGGGUUCACGGUUGGUUUUUCAAAAAAAAAAAAAAAACGGUCAGUUGGGUUAGGAGCUUUCUAACCGUAUCAAACGGUUUGGUUUGUGGUUUAUACUUGAGUUGAAACCGGUCGAGAAAUAACCGAACGAGAGCGUAGAAUUUUGGGCCAGGUGGAUUAUACACACGAUUGAAUUUUGCUUAAAAAUACAAUAUGAGGAGCCGGACUUUUAAGUUCACUCUUGAAUGUUAUUGCUUCAUUUAGUUU